AUGUUUAGCGGUUCCCUUGUUAGAAUAUUUUUCAGUUCAUCGAAGCGAUAUUUCAACAAGUUGAGAUCAGAUGUCUUGUCUUCCAGAACCUCUCAUACAGGUUCACUUGAAUUCAUUCAAAGAAAUAGAAGGUUGGAAGCUUUAAGGAGUGUCCUCUUUGUUUAUUCAUCUAGCCAAACAUCCUUGCUUGAGUUCUGUCAAAAUUAUGGCAGAAUUAACUCUGUGUUUUUUUUCACUAGAUUUGAUAAACAAUAUUCUCUAAUAGAAUUCAAUGAUGAGCAAACUGUUGGUCGUCUCCUCUCACACACAUCCCACUUCCCGAACAAACAACGAAUUCCUCUGAAGAGCCACUGCCUAUUUUUUCAAUAUAAUUUUCGACCAAAUAGGCAUCAGAAAAAUUUCAUUAACAGCAAAAGUUUAAAAAUUUACAGUGUUGAAAACUUUGGUGUGAAUGAACUUAGUGAUGAGUUGCUCGCAACAUGUCCUGAUAUUGAAAGCCAGAUGAAAACACUGUACAGAAUGCAAUCAAUGUCAAUGUUAGAUGUUAAACUUCGAUAUUUCCUGGCAGCAGAAGUUGAGAGAUUAGUUGGAAGACUCUUCCCUGACUGUCAGGUGCACCUCUUUGGGUCAUCUGUUAGUGGGUUAGGCAGAUUUAAUGGAGAUGUCGACAUGAACCUCACUCUGGAAAAUAUGAAACCAGAGGAUAGCAGCAGCAGCUUCAACACUGGACCAAUAAAAAGCAACACAUCAUACUUCAUAAGCAAAAUAAGACCAGAAUCAGAAAGAACCUUUUCUCAACAGGUUCUAGAAAUAUUUGGCACCAUGUUGAAAUAUCUCUGUCCACAAAUGAUGAACAUCCGAUUAAUCUUGAGAGCAAGGGUGCCUAUUGUUAAAUUCACCCAUACUGCCACUGAUAUUGAAUGUGACCUGUGCUUUGGAAAUAUGUUACUGAAUUUUUUAUGA